CUAAAGCAAAAACCAAUCAAAUCCUUGCACCUCCAAAUCCCCUCGAGAUGGACAGCGCCGGAGGCAAGCUGAAGAAGGCGACGGUGGGGAGGAAGCUGGGCGGCCCGAAGAAGAAGCCGGUGUCACGGUCUGUGAAGGCUAGGCUCCAAUUCCCCGUCAGCCACAUCGAGCGCUACCUCAAGAAGGGCCGAUACGCGCAGCGCGUGGACACCGGCGCCCCCGUCUACCUCAUCGCCGUCCUCGAGUACCUUGCCGUCGAGGUCCUAGAGCUGGCGGGCAACGCCGCGCGCGACAACAAGAAGAACCGCAUCAUCCCGCGCCACAUGCUGCUGGCCAUCCAUAACGAUAAGGAACUCGGGCGGCUGCUGGCGGGGGUCACCAUCGCGCACGACGGGGUGCUGCCAAACAUCAACCCAGUGUUGCUCCCCAAGAAGGCCGCCGAGAAGGUGGACAAGGCUCCCAAGUGGCCCAAGAAGAUCGCCACCAAGUCCCUCAAGAAGUAGCAAUCGCUAAUAUGAUUAGUCAUGUGGUGGUGG